AUGUCUCGCACACCGGUCUAUUUUCUCUCCCACGGCGGCCCGAACAUCAUGGAAGACUUCUCCCACCCAGCCUACACCAAACUCCAAGAAAUCGGCAAAGAGAUAACACAAGUCGUCAAACCAAAAGCCGUAGUCGUCNNUUUUUCUGCACACUGGCAAGCCUCUCCAACGGCCAUCGAGGUCAACACCGCCGAACUCACAGACCUCAUCUACGAUUACUACGGUUUCCCAGACCACUACUAUAAGAUAAAGUAUCCCAAUGUUGGCAGCAAAGAUGUUUCUACACGGGUCUUGGCUGCAUUGAAGACAGCAGGGAUAAAUGCAAAGGGUGUGAGCAGGGGCCUGGAUCAUGGUGUUUUUGCACCGUUUACUGUGGCUUUUGAUCCGAAAAGCAAUCCUCUGAGUGUGCCACUAGUGCAGGUUUCGCUAUUUGACAGCGAUGAUGCGGAUCAGCAUUACAGACUUGGAGAGGCAAUGCAAGGUCUAAGAGAGGAGGGCAUUUUGGUAAUUGUGAGUGGCAUGGCGGUACACAAUCUGAGAGAUAUGUGGAAAGCGAUGCAGCAACCUUCUCCUAUGCCGUACAGUGUCAGUUUUGACGCUGCCUUGAAGGAAGCUGUAGAGCAAAAGGUAUGUUUGCAUUUAAAACGCAACCAAAGAGACUACAAGCUGAUAACCGAUGCANNGCCAGAAAAUAGACAAAAGGCAAUGGCAGAGUUGCUGCGCAGAAGUGAUGCCAGGAGAGCGCACCCAUCAUUUGAACAUUUAUUGCCGAUCCACGUUGGUGCUGGAGCUGCUGGAAGUGAUAAUGGAAAGCAGCUAUGGACUCUGCCCCAGGGUAGCAUGUCUUGGGCGCAGUUCAGAUUUGGAAACGUCGGCGACGUUGCAGCUUGA